AUGUUCGGUCGGAACGUCAAUAAAUCACAGACUGAGAGUUUUUCACGACGCAAAAGGGACUCGAAGAAGUCCUCGUCAUUCAGAGACAAUGCAGUGUCAAAAAACCGACAUGAUCGCUCGAUACGCAGAGCUCCGGCCGAGGAAGCUCCUCCCAUGGGAAGCACUUUAACCUCCUCGAUAAUCACACUCGUCGUCGGGCGAGAACAACGACUAUUUGCUGCACAUGAAGACGUUCUCUGCAUGUCACCUUUCUUUCAGGCUGCCUGCAGAGGCCAGUUCAUGGAAGCAUCGAGCAAGCGAAUCUCCCUACCAGACGAAGAGCCCGAAAUCUUCUCCUCCGUCCUCGAAUACCUCUACAAAGGUGAUUAUUAUCCGCGGCUGGUCCAUAAUAAGCGGAGGAACUCGUGGGAGUUGGAGAGUGGUGAGGGAGGGACGGGAAGCGUGGAGAGCACAGUCUAUCAUCACGGUGUUGAUGGGGAGCUGUUAAAGGAUACUGUGAUUUAUUGCACAGCGGAGAAAUACGGCUUGGAGGAGUUGAAGCGUGUUGCGUUGAGAAAACAGGGCCUGCAGUCCGGAAUCCAAUGCAGCACAAUUCUCUCGACUGCCAGAUAUGCCUAUGCGAACACACCCGACACCGACUCCAAACUCCGAGCACACUACCUCGCCCUCAUCAUCCGCAGCAGAGGAACGUUUAAGCGUAGCGGGACUAUGCAGCUGGAAAUGCACAACGGCGGUAGUCAGCUAUUCUUCGACUUGUUCGUUGCGUUGUGCAACCAUGUGGAUGAUGUUGCAAGCAUUGCGUAA